AUGUUUCAGGCUCCGAUCGUUCCUGUAGAACAGCCGAUCGCUCCAAAUGCUGUUGGCGAGGGUGAAGAUGUGAUUGUGGAGGAAGAAAUCGCACAGGAAGGCGUCGAAAUUCCCGACGACGAUAGCACCGAGGAACCACCGAUCGUUGAUCCACCUGGGCCCGCCCAGCCACUUCCACCUCCUCAGCAACUCCCGCCUCUUCAGCCACUCCAGCCACCUCCACAACUUCCGCAAUUUGUGGUCCGUCUCAUUACCGGCGAAAUGAAGCGACUCGAUGAUCUGAAGGUUAACGAUUGGGUUCAAACACUGAAAGGCGCCGAGGUGCGAUACGCCCCCGUGACCUUCUGGCUCCACCGAGUCCCAUCGCAAAAAGCGGAAUUUGUUAGGCUAGAACUAUCAGAUGGAACUGAGCUCAAACUCACCGCAAAACACUUCAUAUACAGAACCAAAUGCACAGAUGAAGGAAACCAGGUUACUACAGAUGAGCUAUCACGUGAAGCUGUGCUCGCUGAGAAAAUAGUCGAGGGGGAUUGCCUCUACCAAGUGGUUGGAGAUGAACACGUCCGAACAGCUCGAGUAACAAAGAUUUCAAGCGUAACCGAGACAGGAAUCUAUUCACCAAUGACAUCUAAUGGAAGGAUUGUGGUCAAUGGUGUCUACGCCUCAUGUCAUAAUAUCGUCCAGAGCAAUUCCCUUCAGAAUACCUUCUUCAGUUACGCAGACAGGAUGAGGAAAUUCUAUGCUUCAUUGUUCUCAACAGAAUCGGAUGUAGCUGAAUUACCAAUGGGAAUGGAUUUAAUUGCAAAUAUGCUCGAUCUCGUCAUCCCUAAGGACCUCGUUACUUUGUGA